UGAUAAUCUGUGGUUAUGGAAUCGCAAUGAACGUCAUCUCAUACAUAUUAUUAAAAAACUUUACCUAACUUUAUUGUUUUAAUGUGAUGCGUUUGUUAAUAGACCAAGUUGCAUCUAUGAUGUGUAUGAAAUACAAGAUUUCUAAUUAUUGUAUAACAUUUUUAGUUGUACGGUGAUAGAAGUUAGUGCUACAGAAAGUUUAGAGAUUGAUACACCGGAUGACCUGUUGCUUGCAAACACUUUACUAAAAAAUAAUUUGGUACCUCGUCUGAGAUAAAAGAUUUUCCAACAAGCUAUCAUACAAAAGGGUGUAUUAUGUCCGUGGUGAUGGAGGAGGUGACGUUUGCAGAGUUGGAAGCAACAGAUGUUAUAAGCGUAGAGCUUGUACCAGAACGUAAAGGUCUCAUACUGAAGCAUUGUGAGUACUAUGUCAGUUCUAGAAGACAUGGUACUACAGUAUCACGGAGAUACAAUGAUUUCGUUCAGCUAUAUGACAUCUUAUAUGCGAAAUAUCCUUAUCGUGCCAUAUGUCGAUUGCCACCGAAGCGUGUGGUGGUUGGGGGAGGCAGCUCAAACUUCCUGUUGCGGCGCCGCGCCGCCCUGCAGCGCUGGCUGACGCUGGUCGCACGGCACCCAGUUCUGGCGCACGAUGCCGACCUCAGGGUGUUUCUUUGCGAAAGCACAUUGCGACUGGAGAAGCCCAAACAUGAUGAAUUUGUUCUAGCCGGCACACAGGAAGAUAAUCUGACCGAGGUGACGACACAAGAGUUGCAGGCAGCGUUCGAGAGCGAGCAGGAACCCCUGCAGCUGGCGCAGCUCGCCCUCGCCAGACUCACGCAGAUAUUUGAAAAAGUGCAAGACAGAUGUGAAGCCGAGAGGAGUGACAUGCGGGAGCUGGGCGCGGCGCUGAGCGGGCUGGGCGCGGCCGCCGGCGUCGGCGCCGACCCGCAGCUGGCCGCCGCCGCGCAGUACGUGCCGCGCAGUAGUGCCGCGCACCGCGCCCUGGGCGCCGAGCGCGCACGUACAGAGUGUUGUGUGCAGGGCGGCGGGCGCCGCGGGCCGCGAGCCCGAGCCGGCGUGGGACGACGACGGCGCGGCCGCGCUGCUGCUGGGCGCCGACGCGUGCGGCGCCUACACGGCGCUGUGCGCGCGCCUGUCGCGCGGCCUGCACGGGGAGCGCGCCGCCGCCGCCGCCGCGCCCGCCGCGCCGCGCGCGCUGCACCUGCGACACCGCUACGCCUUGCGCGCUGCGCUGCAGGAGGGGCGCGUGGCGCGCGCGUACGUGUGCGCGGCGCGGGGCUCGCUGGGCGCGCUGGCGGGGCGCCGCGCCGCCGCGCACGCCGCGCGGGCCGCGCUCUGGACCGACCUCGCGCGCGCGCUCGCGCUCUAGCCGCCUUCUACUGCUAAGUAGUGACAUGCUACUUACAUCUGAUGAUGGCUACAGGUUCUCGAUACAUAUCGGUCCAAGGUUAAUUAUCAUUCAGAAAUAAUCGGUUCUUCACAGGUGAGAGCAUAAGAUAAUGAUAAAUUUCUUUUAUAAGGCAAGUAUCUUCACACUAGCGAUAUUUGAGCGGGGCACACGAUGCCUCGCGGCGGCGGUGCGGCGUCGGAGCAGUGUCGCUGCCGUCUUACAGAGAAAAAUCGUACGACGUAACAACGUUGCGGCGCCGCACCGCUCGUGUGCCCACUGACAAGGUGAAAUGUUUGCGGAGCGGCGACGCAACGCAUCUUGUGCCCCGCUCUUAUACCUACUGAUGUUAUGUAACGACGGUGACUGCGUACUCGGUCAUGAUAAUCUGUGAUUCCGACAGCAGGCACACGAUGUACACUGUACAAACUAAAGAUAAAAUAAAAAUAAGUAUUAUUAUACUUGUAUAAUUCUAUCUAAUAAUACAUAUGUAUAAUUUUACAUAUUAUUUUACUAGUUUAAGAAAGAUGAUAGUCGUCUGCAAGAAUUCGUAAUGAGUGUUAAACCUCGCAUUGCGUUUCGUGUGUUAUUCUCGUUUAAUGGUUAUUGCCAUAAUGUAUGCCCACUAAGAUCGUUACUUUUUACUACAUAGUUAAACUUACCAAGGUAAAAGUCAGGGUAUACUUCGUGACACGAACCAAGUUCUAUCUCCAUAUUAUGUCUUACUUUAACUUUUACCACAGAUUGCUUUUCGUAUUCUUACGUAAACUUACUUCCAAGUAGACGUGAUGAAAUAGUUUGAAGUAUAAUUUCCAAGUUGCGAUGGAUCGAAAUGUUUUGUGUUAACUUUGUAAUAGAUCUAAGUAAUUAUGCCCUAAAAUAUUUUAGUACUUUUAGUAUUGUGCUUUUUCUACACAAUAUCUUUUCAACAUAUUGUUGUAUGUAAUACAUAAUUAGUUGCAACUUGCUAAGAACAUAAUGUGGGAUGACUACCGCCAGAUCUUACGUAGCAAUAAGCUAAACCAUUACUUUUAAGUUUUAUUUUCGAAUACAUUCCUGAAUCUAAUCUAUGGAAGUCAAAUUUGCUCAAGACAAUGAUAUCAUCCUGUUAACGUCGUGGGGCCUUAGUCUGCUAUUACAAUUGUGUCACAAUGGUCGAUCACUGAGCAGUGCAAGAGGGACGGAGCUAUGUAGGUUGUAUAGCUCCGUCCCUCUUGCACUGCUCAGUGAUCGACCAUUCUGACACAAUUGUAAUAGCAGACUAAGGCCCCUGUAGUUGGACAAAGACAUCUUCCUUCGCCAAGCUUGUUCAAGGCGGACUGGAUAUUUCAAACUUAAUAUUUUACCUACAAAUCAAGUUUUCCUCGCGAUGCUUAGCCACAUAUUUUGAAAAAAAUUCUAUUGUUGUAUUACACUAACAUAAUACAACAAUCGAAAUUUUUUUUUUAGUGUAAAUUUGCAAACUUUCCUACGUAAAGGAAAGGCAUAGUUCAGUGGAUUGUUACUGGAUGGUGAUCAUGUUAUGCUCAUUAUUGUUAAUGUUUCGAUUAAAAUAUGUUGAAGCUAUUGUAUAUGUGUAUAAAAUAUUUUAAUAAGACGUUUAUUGACGUCGAUGAUUUACCGUAAUCUCAUUUAAGUGAAAUAAUACAAACAUGUAGGGAAAGUGGUACAAAAUGUUCCCUUGAGGUAAAAUUUAAACGGUAUUGACAAAGUUUCGCAUGCUAGUCUCCUUAUUGCCUCGUCCGCAUACAGAUGGUACGCACACUGAAGUUCAGGAGUAACGAGGUUGAUAAAAAUGGAGAAUAGAAGUGGGGAAAGAAUGCCGCCCUGAAGAACGCCAGCAGUCAAAUCACACUAGCCAGAGAAAUUAUCACCAUACUGUACCGACUACUGACGCUCUCAAAGAUACGAAGAGAACCAUUUCAGAGAUUUGUAGGUGAUCGUAAAAUGGGACAGGAUUGCCAAAAGGAUGUCGUGAUUGACCGUGUUAAAAGCAUUGGAAAAAUCAACUAACACUAAUACUUUAGUAUCCUCCGUCCCUGACGUCGCCAGUCACUUUAAAGAUGGAUCGUACCUACAGUGCUGUGGCCACGACGAACACCUGGGGCCUUAGUCUGCUAUUACAAUUGUGUCAGAAUGAUCGAUCACUGAGCAGUGCGAGAGGGACGGAGCUAUGUAGGUUGUACAGCUUCAUCCCUCUCGCACUGCUCAAUGAUCGACCAUUCUGACUCAAUUGUAAUAGCAGACUAAGGACCCUGAUUGUAAUAGGCUUAUUAAAAACUUGGGGACUUUCGACACUUUAUUCUCAAUGGUGAACCCAAGGAUUCCGCCAAAAUUUGCCAUCGUUCAUUCUCUAAUUUUUAUUAUGUCUCUUUUGACUGAACUUUUCCGACUUCGAGCAUAGUAAAGUAGAAAUAUUUUAUGUUAAAGUUCAUAUUUGGGUGGCACGAUAAUACGAUACAGCGAUGCGAAGUUCGUGCGCAUUGAAUUAUCGAAUGAACGAAAUAACCCGAGUAAUUCCGAUCGUUGCCGAAACGAAGCACAUCAGCGUACUGGGCCAGCCAUUAUCUAAUAAUCUAACGAACGAGUGAAUGACUAACAGUAUAACAACCAACAAGUUGUUGUUUUUAACAACUGUCAAUAUUUAUAACAGCGAAUGCGAAUAAUCGUUACAUCACAAUUGUGUAUAUGAUGUCGAUCUUUCAAAAACUUUUGGACUUUUAUGUCAUUGAUUCGUCAGCGCUAGAGCACUGAGCUGCGUAGACGCAGUCUCACGGUCUUUCGGAAGUUCUUGAGAUAUUAUAAUAUUUUCUAAUCAAGUGCUUACAAAGUAGUUAUUUUUACUCGAUAAGACUUAGGAAUCGGUCAUGAUUUACUAGAUUGUGUGGACUAUAAUAUAACUAUGUAAGAAAGAUUUCUCUGUAGAACUGGAAUGACAUUGCAUGAAUUUUCUAUUGAAUAUAUAAGGAUCCUGCAGGCGGUAGUUUUGUAUACCGGGGUGUACACAAUACUUAAUCCUUUGCUAAAAACAGAAAAACAAAUAUACCGUCUAUGGUUUAUAUAAAUCUGAGUUAAGUUAUAUGUAGGGCAUUAAACUUGCUAACGAAUAAAUAUCAGAAGUUAACGAUAUGUGUGAUAUUUACUUAGAGGUAUUGUUAUGUACCACUUUCCCUAUAAAUAAACCAUUAGAAAAUAGCUAGGUAAUACCUUUGUUACUUUUAUGUUAUUGUAUUCGUUAUUGUUUGACAAAUAUACUUCUAUACACCGA